CACAGACAUACAUAUAGUGUCAGUCGUUAGAUAUAUAUUAUAUUAUAUCAUAUUGGAUCUAUCAAAGUAAUUGAACUGAUCAGCUUCAAUCCUUCAACUUGUUUUUCUCUCCAACAUUCCUGGGUUUCUGCCACAGUUUCAGCACCUCCCAUUAGUGAUCAAAAUCUUUCUCAAGGCUUCUUCUGGGGGAAAACCAAGAGGAAAGUGACUGAUAAAAUGCUUCAGCAAAUCAACUCUAAUCCAAUUUUUACUUCUCCAUCCAAGAAUCUGAGAGGACUAAAGGUUUUAAUAUCUGACAAUGAGGCUUCAAACACUGAUGAUGUCUUCAAUGAAAAUGAAUUAGCUCAAAGAAAAGCUGAAGAAGCAGCUUCGAGGCGGUACCAAGCAGCAGAAUGGCUAAGACAGGUGGACCAAGGUGCAUCAGAGUCCCUGCCCAAAGAACCCUCUGAAGAAGAGUUUUGCCUUGCACUUAGAAAUGGGCUCAUUCUUUGCAAUGUUCUCAACAAAGUCAAUCCUGGAGCUGUUCCUAAGAUAGUGGAAAAUCCAAUAAUCCCAGACCAGUUAACAGAGGGGGCAGCACAGUCUGCAAUCCAGUAUUUUGAAAACAUGAGGAAUUUCCUGGUAGCUGUAAAAGAUAUGCAGCUCUUGACCUUUGAAGCUUCUGAUGUUGAAAAGGGGGGCUCAAUGAAUAAAGUUGUGGACUGCAUUCUCUGCCUGAAAGGAUAUUAUGAGUGGAAACAAGCGGGAGGAUUCGGAGUUUGGAGAUACGGAGGAACUGUAAAGAUUACAGCCUUCCCAAAAGGGUCACCGCCUUCCUUGAUCGGAAGUGAAAGUGCUGACGAUUCUCUGGAUGGAUCAGAAUCAUCACAAUAUGAACAAUUGUUGGAGUUUUUCCAUCUCUCCAAUGAAGUCGCGAUUGAGGAGUCCAAAACUGCCAAUGCUCUGGCUUUUCUUUUUGAUCGCUUUGGGCUUUGUCUUCUACAAGCUUACCUUAGAGAAAGCAAUGGGAUCGAUGAGUUCCCCUUGAAUACAACGCUAAUAGAUACAUUAAUCCGUAAGAUUGUGAAGGACUUCUCUGCAUUGAUUGUUUAUCAAGGAACACAGCUUGGGCUGUUUCUGAAGAAACUCUUGAAAGCUGACAUAAGUUCUCUAUCAAAAUCCGAUUUUAUAGAAGCCAUCUCACUAUAUCUUGGUCAACGGACAAGCAUGGCUUCAAAUAAUUUCUCCAAGUUCUGCAUCUGUGGUGGGAAACGAGAUGUUAUUCGCCAUACUGUUAGCCACUCAGUUGCUCAUGCAGAGCUUCUUGAUUUUCAGCACAGAGAAAUACGGGACAUGAAAUCAGAUUUUCAACAAACAAAGCUUGAAGUUAAACAGAUUCAUUCAAAUUGGGAGGAAGAGCUUAAAAGGCUAGUGAAUCAUAUUAAGGGUCUUGAAGUGGCAUCCUCUUCUUAUCACAAGGUAUUAGAAGAAAAUCGUAUGCUUUACAAUCAAGUCCAGGACCUCAAAGGAACGAUACGAGUCUACUGUCGAGUGAGGCCCUUUUUGCAAGGCCAUACAAAUGGACAAUCAACUGUAGAUUAUAUAGGAGAAAAUGGAAACAUCAUGAUUCUCAAUCCUUUAAAGCAGGGAAAAGAUGCAAGAAAAGUAUUCUCUUUUAACAAGGUGUUUGGACCAACCGUCUCACAAGAACAAAUAUACGAGGACACUCGACCUCUGAUCAGAUCCGUCUUAGAUGGCUUUAAUGUUUGCAUCUUUGCAUAUGGGCAAACUGGCUCCGGAAAGACAUACACAAUGAGUGGUCCGGAUUUGACUACUGAACAAACAUGGGGUGUAAACUAUCGUGCUCUACGUGACCUGUUUCAAAUAUCCAAGGAAAGAGCAGACGUUGUUAAAUAUGAAGUUGGGGUGCAGAAUGAAAUAUACAAUGAACAAGUGAGAGAUCUAUUAGUCGUCGAUGGCUCUAACAGAAGAUUGGAUAUUCGAAAUAAUUCCCAGUUGAAUGGCCUAAAUGUGCCUGAUGCAAGUUGGGUUCCAGUUGCAAGUACUCAAGAUGUUCUUGACUUGAUGAGAACUGGUCAAAAGAAUCGUGCUGUAGGUGCUACGGCUUUAAACGAGCGAAGUAGCCGUUCUCACAGUAUUUUGACUAUUCAUGUGUACGGGAAAGAGUUGGUUUCUGGAUCUAUUCUCAAAGGUUGCCUGCAUUUGGUGGAUUUGGCUGGAAGCGAGCGAGUGGAUAAAUCCGAGGCCGUUGGUGACAGAUUAAAGGAAGCUCAACACAUCAAUAAAUCACUCUCGGCACUAGGAGAUGUCAUUUCAGCACUUGCACAAAAGAGUGCACAUAUUCCUUACAGAAACAGCAAGCUUACUCAAGUAUUACAGGAUUCUUUAGGUGGUCAAGCUAAAACAUUAAUGUUUGUACAUAUAAGUCCUGAAGUCAAUUCCAUUGGAGAGACAAUUAGCACACUGAAAUUUGCUGAGAGGGUUGCUUCCAUAGAACUCGGGGCAGCUCGAUCCAACAAGGAAACCGGUGAAAUACGAGAGCUUAAAGAAGAGAUAUCAAAUCUUAAACUUGCAUUGGAAAAGAAUGAAGCAGAAGUAGAACAACUGAAAGGUGGAAAUGCUCGAAGCAUGACUGAAACUCAACGAGAAAGAGCGGUUUCACCUUUACAAAUUCCGCGACAAGGAAUGUCUACCAGCAUGAAGCCUGAAUCAUCUCAGAGACCUAGUGAUUAUAAUAGAAUCUCUGAGGCUAGAAGCUGCCCUUCAGGUAAGCAAAGGAGGUCAAGAUUUCCAUCUGCAUUUGCAGACAAGGAGGCAUUUCCGAAGAUGCCUAGUCUAGCCGAAGAGAGAUCAGUGAGUGCGGUAAAGGCAAGGUCACCGUCUCCUCCUGUUCGAAGGUCCUUAUCCACUGAUAGAGGGACCUUAAUUAGAAGCAGGAUCAAGGCUGAAACAGUUGACAAUCCGCCAGUAUCAAAAGUACCAUUUCCGGCUAGAGUACCAGUUAACAAAUCUUUUGCCACAACAACUGCGAUCCCCUCAACAGUUAGCAACUCCUCCAGGGUUCAUACAAGUUCCCAAGAGACUUCCAAACAAGAUAACAUCUCAGACUCAUUUAACAAUCUCCAUAAACAUAGCACCAAGAAAGUUCACUCGGAACAUGAAGAUGAGCAGUUUAGGCGAGCCCUUAAUGUUAGGCAGGGUGGAAUUAGGAAAAGCAAGGUUGAGAGCAAGGCUAAAACAAAGCAUCAACUGCCUGCAAGACUUCAGAAAACUGAUGCCGGAAUCACAUUGCUUUCUGAAAUGGACGCCACUGAGAAAAUACAGGAGCCUCGGAAAAGUGACUUCACCGAGCCAGAAAAUGAGCAUUCACUUGUUGGCUCUGCUGUUCAUGCCACGUUGAAGACGAAGAGGCUUCGGCAGAACUUUACUGGGAAUUCACAGAAUCUCGAACCAAGGGGGUUAGUGCAAGCAGUAGAACCCUUUCUGGGAGAGAAAAAUGACCGAAUUCCGAAUGGUGUGAGCUGCCAAGCAAAGGAGGGAAGUAAAACUUCGAAGCCCGAAUUUCGGCGGAGAUCAUCACCUCGUGGGAAAUUUUUGGUUUUGCCUUGAGGAUUCUACCGUAUAUAAGAAUGAAUUCCUGGACUUUGACAUAUUCUUAAAGCUUCGUACAGUGAGUAUUGAGGUUGGUGUUUCGGGUUGCAUUUUGAAAGGAUAUUGCUGAUCAAGAUAUGUCAUUGGAGCUGUU